AAUUAUCAUUUAUAUACUUAUCUGUUUAGAUCGAAUUGAACUGAGCAGUAUAGCAAAAUGCUGUAUCUAAUUAGUUUUAUGGUCCUUGCUCUUUCUUAUAUUUCAGCUCAAACACCAGAACCGAGUUGUAUUUGCCUUGAAGAAUUAGUAGAGGCUCGUGAUUUUAAAAACCCCCUUCGCUUAACCCACGCCAACGAUGGUACUAGAAGACGUUUUAUCGCUGAACAAAUAGGCCUUGUAUGGGUAUUUCAAUCUGAUGGUACAAAAUUGGAAGAACCAUUUUUGAAUUUAACGGAAGUUAUUCUAACAUCCGACCGACCUGGUGAUGAAAGAGGAUUUUUGGCUCUUACUUUUCAUCCAAAUUAUAGAAAUAAUAGAAAGAGUUAUGUUUGGUAUUCGCUUGUAAUAGAUGAUGAUCAUCAUACAAGAUUAGCCGAGCUUACAACUUCACUUGAUGAUCCCAAUAAAGUUGAUCCUACGUCUGAAAGAAUUCUUCUAGAUAUUUUACAACCAUUCGGUAACCAUAACGGUGGAGAUAUUAUCUUUGGGACUGAUGGUUUAUUAUACUUGUUUACCGGAGAUGGAGGUUUAGCAGGAGAUCCUUUUGAUUUAGCCCAAAACAAGCAAUCUUUGCUAGGAAAAGUUCUAAGAAUCGAUAUUGACACUACUAGUCCUGGUAAACCUUACGGAAUCCCAUCAGACAAUCCGUAUUUGAAUGAGACCAAUGCUCUCCCCGAGUUAUAUUCUAUCGGCUGGAGAAAUCCAUGGAGAGGUGGUAUAGACAGAGGGGAUAGACAAACUGGGGAAGGCCGUGGACGAAUCUUUAUGGGAGAUGUUGGACAAAGCGCUUGGGAAGAAAUUGAUAUUCUGGAGAGCAGGGGAAAUUUCGGCUGGCCUGCUAGAGAGGGACCUGAGUGUUAUAAACCAGAUCUUUGCGGAAACAUAGGACCGGAAGUGUUCCCUAUUUACGCCUACAAUCAUUCAAUUGGUCAAUGUAUAAUUGGAGGUUUUGUCUACAGAGGUUGUGAAAGUCCUGGUUUUAACGGUCUCUUUUUCUUUGGGGACUACAUGAAUGGAAAAUUGUUUAGAAUCAAAGAAGAAAAUGGUGUCUGGAAAGAUAAAGAGGUAAAAACAUGUAGCUCACAAGUAUGCAGCGCACAAGGCUUGACAAACACCUUUGCCCCUAGAAUCCUCUCCUGGGGGGAAGAUGAAGAUGGAGAACAAUACUUCCUUUCCACUAUGGUGCCAAGUCCAACAGAUCCCCAGGGUCGAGUAUACAAAAUUGUUGAUCCUUUUAACCGUGGUCAACCCUGUACAAGUUCAAAAGUUCAUCAUUAGAAUUUAGAUAACUAGACAGGCGGAGAUCAACGCCGGCAACGACGAUGGUAAUGGCGAUGCUGAUAAUGAUGAUAAUUUAAAUAUUUUUGAUAAUGGCAAGGAAACAUAUGUAAAUUUAUGAAAAGUAUAUAAACUUGAGUGGAAUACAAAAAUAUAGUUUAGAUUCUCUUCCUCUCUUUUCUCGGCAUGUAUACUUAAAUUCGAUAAUCUAACUUUAGAUGAUUCAGCAUAAAUUUCUUGUGUAUUUAAAUAAAAUUAAUAUAUUCUGCGCUAAAUAUAUACUUAUAUAUAUAUAUGGAAUAUAUAAUUAUGCAAAUAUACACAGAGGAGCGAAAAUGAAAUUGAUUGAAGCGCCACCUCAAACAUGCUAUUAUAUACACCCACGUUUUGUCACAUGAAAAGUUUCAUAAGGGAAAUAAAAGCCUGAAAAGGCUUGGUUUUUUAUUAUUUAUUAGAGUUCACUAAUUAAAUAUUCUAAAGUUAACAAAGCGGAAUAAUAUAUCUAUAAUCAUAUCAAUGAAAAAAACAGCGUCUCUAUAUGAAAAAAUUAUUGAUGAGUGUAAUAGGUUGACG